AUGGGAAUUAUUGGGCUUUGGGGCAUUGCGCGUGCUUCGAAUGGGGAUAUCUACGUCGCCGAUUCGUUCCGAAUUCUUCAGGUCUUCGAAGGUAGUCCCCCUGUCGUGUAUGCCGGCGACAUCAGCAGUGGCAACCAGAACGGUGAUCUCUUAACUGCGAGAUUUGCGUCGCUGGGGGCGAUGGCCAUUGCCCCUAACGGUGACCUCUUUGUUUGUGACAGCGACAUGGUGCGGCGAAUCUCGGGCAACACCGUCAGCACCUUCGCCACGCUCUCUCCGUCACGCCUUCACGGUAUCGCGGUGGAUUCCGGUGGGAAUGUAGGUAUUACGAUCGGCUCGGCGGAUAAUAUUUACGUCACCGACAAGAACCGAAUCCUGAAAUUCACACCCGCUGGAUCGAUGAGUGUGGUGGCAGGAUCGACGGCGUUUGGGUCCGUCAAUGCCGUGGGGGAAGCCGCGAGCUUCUACUCCCCCAGCGCGUUGGCUGUCGGCUCGGAUGGCGAUUUGUACGUCGCGGAUGGAGGAAAUAGCUACAUCCGCAAGAUCAGUCUCACGACCAGAGAGGUGACAACGUACGCGGGUACGUGCUACUCGGGCUCGAUCACAAGUGAAAUUAGUAGCAGUGCCGCGUUUAUCUACCCCAGCGCUAUUGUAGCAGCAGCAGACGAUGUGUUUUACGGAGUUGAUGGAGGAACGCUUCGGCCCCACGCGUGGAAGAUAUACACACUACCAUAG